AUGACGUUUGUUUAUGGUGACCCUGUUUUGGAACGAAGAGAUCAAGUUUGGGAACGUCUUACGCGUUUCUCAACAACUAGAACUGGACCUUGGUUCAUGAUAGGAGAUUUUAAUGAGAUUUUGGGUCAUAAUGAAAAGGAAGGAGGGAGACAACGUUCUGAUAGCUCUUUCCUACCUUUUAAGCAAAUGCUUAAAGAUUGUGGGAUGCUGGAGUUUCCUUUUACAGGGAACAUGCUUUCAUGGGUAGAGAAGAAAGCAGGACGUUACAUGAGACUAUGGGGAUCAGACCAUCGGCCGAUUCUCGCAGAUAUACUCACAAAGCCAACGAGGAGAUCAAAAAAAUUUAGAUUCGACAGAAGAUGGCUAGACAAUGAAGAAUUAAGGCAAGUCAUUCUGGAGGGAUGGAAAUCUCCUGAUCUUCCCCCCGAUGCGACUAUAAUGGAACAUAUCUCCAGCUGCCGAAAAGCCUUAAGUGAGUGGAGGAAGCAACAUAAUAUUAACUCGGCGAAGCUAGUGGAGGAGUUAAAGGAGAAAGUUGAGGGCUUAUACGCAGACGAUGGUGCGACGACUGAGGAAAUUGCUGCAGCGCUGAAGGAACUCACUGAUGCUCUUAAAGCAGAAGAAAUGUUCUGGAAACAGAAGAGUAGAGUGCUUUGGCUAAGAGAGGGUGAUAAAAACACAAAAUUCUUCCAUGCCUUAACGAAGCAAAGAAGAGCAAGGAACAAAAUCACGCAGCUUAUGGAUGUAAAUGGUAACAUAGUUGAGGAUGAGGAAGGACUGGUAGCCAUUGCUACCAGCUACUUUCGGCAAAUCUUCGAGUCUUCUAUUCCAGAAGACAUUGAAGAGGCGAUAUCUGAAGUUCCUGCGAUGAUCACAGGAUCAAUGAAUGAUAGCCUCACAGCUCCUGUUUCUGAAUGGGAGGUUAAAUUAGCUCUCUUUGCCAUGCAUCCAGAUAAGGCGCCGGGACCGGAUGGGAUGACUGCAAUUUUUUACCAACAGUUUUGGGAUAUAGUCAAGGAGGAUUUAACUCUUAUGGUGAAUAAAUUCCUUCUUGAUGGACAUAUAGCCAAUGGUCUGAAUGAUACAAACAUAUGUCUUAUCCCAAAAACAACUAAGCCUAAUAAUAUUGCUCAGUUCAGACCCAUAAGUUUGUGUAAUGUUAGCUACAAGAUCGUCUCUAAGGUUUUAUACCAGAGACUAAAGAAAGUCUUGCCAGGAUUGAUAUCAGAAACUCAGUCAGCCUUUGUUGCUGGAAGACAGAUUUCAGAUAAUAUCAUGAUAGCUCAAGAAAUGUUUCAUGCCCUAAGAACCAAACCGAGUGGACGUAAUAAGAGGAUGGCCAUCAAGACAGAUAUGAGUAAGGCAUAUGAUAGGAUGGAAUGGUUGUUUAUCGAAGCUGUGAUGCGAAAGAUGAGAUUCUCUGAAACAUGGAUCACUUGGAUUAUGAGGUGCAUUACGUCGGUUAAAUAUAAAGUUCUUAUGAACGGGCAUCCAAGAGGGAAUAUUGUCCCAGGUAGAGGUUUGCGUCAAGGAGAUCCUUUGUCUCCUUUCAUUUUUAUUCUGUGCACCCAAGCGCUCAGGAUUAAUGCAGCCACCCGGCAAGAGAUUAAAGACACACUUGGCAUACACAAUGAUGGAGGGAUGGGAAAGUACUUGGGAAUCCCAGAGGAUAUUAGUGGCUCUAAAUGUAAACUAUUUGCAUUUCUAAAAGAUAAUCUGAUGCAUCGAGUCAAUGGUUGGACUGGUAGGUGGCUCUCUAAAGGGGGAAAGGAAGUAAUGAUCAAAUCCAUUUUACUCGCUCUUCCGACAUACGUUAUGUCGACGUUUCUGCUCCCAUUGGAGAUCUGUGAAAACCUCGCUAGUGCCAUUGCACAAUUUUGGUGGAGCUCGAAUCCACCAAAAAGAGGAAUACACUGGGCGAAAUGGGAAAAGGUUUGUUUACCAAAAGAAGAGGGCGGGAUAGGAUUCCGAUUGAUUCAUGAGUUCAAUCUAGCACAACUAGCGAAGCAACUAUGGAGGCUGGUCCAAUACCCUAAUUCACUGGUUGCCCGGGUCUUAAGGGGGAGAUAUUAUAGGACGACCUCGCCAUCAAGAGCGACCUCUAGUAGCAGCCCAUCAUAUGUGUGGACAAGCAUCUCCGCCGCAAGGAAGCUUCUACUGCUAGGGAUCAGACAUAAGAUUCAUUCUGGUUAUGACGUCAGGGUGUGGGAGGAUCCGUGGAUUCCAACGACACCUGCUAGACCAGCUAGACCUGUAGCGCCUGUAAUGCACUUAAAUAUGAGAGUCGGUGACAUCAUUAACCUGGAAUCAAGGGAAUGGGAUGCAGGAUUACUAGAUAAUUAUGUCCAUCCUGAGGAUAUACCACUCAUUUGCAGUAUGGCCAUAAGCUCUACUCAUCGCCGUGAUACUUUCUGCUGGAACUACAUGAGGAAUGGACAAUACACAGUCAAAUCUGGAUACUGGAUUGCUCAAAAUCUAUUGAAGCAAGAAGAGGAAAAAGAAAUAUUGGAGCCAAGUAUCACUAAACUCCAGGCCUUUGCUUGGAAGUUGCAAGCGCCAAGGAAGAUGUGUCAUCUUGUAUGGCAAUUGAUAACGGGUCAGGUAGCAGUAACGAGGAAUCUAGCAAGGCGUAAUAUGAGGUGCGAUAAUUAUUGCCCAAGGUGUGGGGAAAUAGAGGAAUCUGUAACCCAUGCAAUAUUUGAAUGCCCUCCAGCAUUGCAAGUAUGGUCUUUAUCGGCAACUCCUACAAGUCCAGGUAUAUUCCCAGUGGCAAGCGUCUACACAAACAUGGACUAUCUUUUCUGGAGGAAAAAUAAUAUCAUUGCACCAGAUCGAGACAGGGAUCCUUAUCCCUGGAUAAUAUGGUAUAUUUGGAAGGCUCGUAAUGAUAAGCUUUUCAGGGGUAUAAACAGAGAUCCUUUGGAACUCGUUCGAUAUGCAGAGAGUGAAUGCCAAGCCUGCGUUGCAUUCGGAGGUAGAAGCGCUGCGAUGGGCGAUGGAGAAUAUGCUUCAACACUCGCUUCAACACUCGCCGUGCCAGAGCUUUGGAACAGACUGCAAGGAGCUGAUUGCAAUGCUAAAUGA